ACUCCUUGCUCGUUACUCGUUUAGGAAAGGCCAGAUAGAGAUUAUCAGAGAGAUCAAAGAACUCUCUGGAACAACCAAAAUUCACGAAGACACUUACUAUCAGAUCCAAACGACACAGCUCCAGAUCUACUUGAUCGACAAUGGCCUCGACUUUCAGCGGCGACGAAACUGCACCCUUCUUCGGCUUCCUUGGAGCGGCUGCGGCCCUCGUUUUCUCCUGUAUGGGAGCCGCAUACGGAACAGCUAAGAGUGGUGUUGGUGUUGCCUCAAUGGGAGUGAUGAGACCAGAGCUGGUGAUGAAGUCAAUUGUUCCUGUUGUUAUGGCUGGUGUCUUGGGUAUCUAUGGCUUAAUUAUUGCUGUUAUUAUCAGUACCGGAAUUAACCCCAAGGCCAAGUCAUACUAUCUUUUUGAUGGAUAUGCACAUCUCUCAUCUGGUCUUGCUUGUGGGCUUGCUGGGCUCUCUGCUGGAAUGGCAAUUGGAAUUGUUGGUGAUGCAGGUGUCAGAGCUAAUGCCCAGCAGCCAAAACUUUUUGUUGGAAUGAUCCUCAUCCUCAUCUUUGCUGAGGCAUUGGCCCUCUACGGGCUUAUUGUUGGAAUCAUCUUGUCCUCUAGAGCUGGCCAAUCCAGGGCAGAAUAAAAGGGAACUGUGGCACCUUGUAUUCUUUAAUUGCUUUUCCGUGUUACUCCAGGAAGAUUUUUAUUUAUUCUCUCUCAGGUUGGCUGAUGUUUGACAGCCCUUGCCGGGGUCUUAGAAUUUAACUGUGUAACUGGCUUUGUCGGGGCAUUACGAUGGUUGUCUGUGCUAUUAGUACAAUUAUUGAGUUUAUCCGCGUAGUAAAAAGUUGUGAAUCAGUUAUUGAGUUUAUCCGUGUAAUAAAAAGUUGUGAAUCUGUCCUUGUUUGGUCUUCUCCAUCAAUGUAUUUUGCAGACUUAAAAAAAGUUCAAACGAUGAUAGGUAUUUAAAUUUCUGGAACCAGCAUUUCUGGUCAUUAUUAUU